CCCGCACACAAUCUUCUACCUGGCGACCUGCUUUAUCCAUUUCCCAAAUCUUCAUCCCAUAUAAUGACUUGUUCGAGUCACUAUAUUUCAACAGUGAGCACCCAAUUGACCUUGGACUGCACUAGGGUCAAUAGUUUUGAGAAUGAACCAAACCCUAAUCUUCAAAUGAAAUUGGGGGAAAUCUGCCCAAGUGUCGAAGGUAGCAGAAGCCGUACACGGUGGGCCGAUAUUAUUCAAAACCAACCGGAGCAACCUCCAGAACACCGGUAUGAGGCUGGCAAGUGUAUCGAAGUACCUGAUCCAGAAGAUGUGAGAAGGCUGCCUGCGCAAGUCGCCAGUAAUGAAAUGCAACAGCCCUCGAAACAACCCACAGAAGGCCGGGACUAAUCAGACCACCAUAGCAACUGCCUCAUCCGGACCACCACCAGAACUCCAGAGCACUGUCAACAUUAUUAAGGCUGUGUUUCGCGACGCCGAGACAAAGCAGGAGCUGUCGAAUGUAGCCCAACAAUGGAUCGAGGACCUCAAGGAUGUUGUUUUUGAAGCCGAUGAUUUGCUCGAUGAUUUUGUCACUCUUGCCGAGCAGAAGCAGCAUGUGAAAGCUAAUGGUACAAUAUCUAGGAAGAUGAGGCUCUUUCUUUCCCGUUCGAAUCCUUUUGGUGUUGCUUACAAGAUGUCUAAAGAGGUCGAGAAGAUAAGGAAGAAAUUGGACGGUUUUGCUUACAACAAGCAGUUUAUGAUGGAGUUUAGUCAUGAGCCUAUCAAGUACAGAAAGCCUGAGACAUGUUCGUAUGUGGAUGUUGUUGAAAUCGUUGGAAGAGAAGACGAUUUGGAGCAUAUUGUUGGUAUGUUGCUUGAUUCUGAUAUUCAAACUAGUGAUGUUUCUUUUCUUCCUAUUGUGGGUAUGGGAGGGCUAGGCAAAACUGCUCUUGCACAGCUUGUGUACAAUGAUAAAAGGGUUGAAACGGCGUUUUCUUUGAGGUUGUGGCAUUGUGUCUCUGAUCAAGAUCAGAAACAACUAGACAUUGAUGGUGUUGGCCCUCUUAGGUUUUGAUGAUGACUUCACUUUAAAUAAACAAAUGUGUUUUAGAGAUUGUUAUGUAGGUCGAAUAUCCGAUUUUACUAAAGUCGUUGAUGGUACCUAAAAAGACUUGGUCAAUGGAUGUUGUACGUGUCAAAGUCAAAGUCAAAAGAGUCAGUAUAGAAGAUCACUUAGGAUGUCAAAAGUGGAUUUAAUGUCUACUGUUCCAAAGUUGAUAAUCUGAUUAAAGUUGCUGAUGGAGACAGUGCAGUGUUCCCAACGAUACAGGCACUACAAGAAAAGUUAUUUUUAGCAACAGAAAAAGUCGUUGCUAAAAAUCUGAUUUCGUUGCUAAAAAUGUUUUUUGCAACAAAGUACAUUGUUGCGGGUACAGCCGUAGCGAAAGCUUUUAGCAACGACUAUGGUUGUUGCAAAAGAUAUCUGUUUUUUGCAACGAAAUCUGUUGUUGCAAAAAAAAUGUCGUUGCAAUUCCUUCAAACGUUUUUAGCAACAAAAAAGCUCGUUGCCAAAUCUCUUGCAUUUUUA